AUGGCGUCCACUUCGUUCACCAACAACGGAGGCUCCUCCUCAACCUCAGUUAUCGAGCUUGAGCCCGUCCGUUUGGCACCCUCUACCAAAUCAGCUACCAUCCCAUUUGACACACCCGCCGAUCCCACGACACAGGAUCAUGGCCGUACUGUUGGCGAGGACGAUGACCUCCCGCCCCCGAGCACGGCGAGCAGUGUGAAGCAGCGAUGGAAUUAUCCCCGGAGUAACGUUCCCAAGGUGGCGGCAUGUUUCUGGAGCUUUGUCGUGAUGGGUGCAAAUGAUGCUGCAUAUGGUGCACUAAUACAUUACAUUGAGCGCUACUACAACCUGACGUAUCUAAUUGUCUCCCUGAUUUUCCUCUCGCCCUUUGCCGGCUACACGUCUUCAGCUUUCAUGAAUAACAUGAUCCACCAUCGCUUUGGCCAGAGAGGCGUCGCCCUCCUCGCCUCUGGCUGCCAUAUGAUCGCCUACUUGAUCAUCGCGCUGCACCCACCGUACCCCGUGCUGGUCAUCGCAUUCAUGAUCGCUGGAUAUGGCAACGGACUCGCGGAUGCUGCAUGGAAUGCGUUCAUCGGAAACAUGGAUCAUGCCAACGAGAUCCUCGGGUUCCUCCAUGGACUUUACGGGUUUGGGGCAGUCAUCAGUCCGCUCGUUGCCACGAGUAUGGUUGCCAAAGCUGGGUUGCAGUGGUAUACGUUUUAUUAUCUCAUGAUCGGCCUCGCGGGUAUUGAGCUCAUGACCUCCACUGCGGGCUUCUGGUCUGCCAACGCCGCCGAGUACCGGGCGUCCAUGACGCAAUCGUCGGCGGACUCACCGAAGGGCAGUCUGCGAGCGGCGCUGACCAAGCGGCCCGCAGCCCGCGUCACCUGGCUCUGUGCGUUGUUCUUGCUGGGCUAUGUCGGUAUCGAGGUCGCACUGGGGGGCUGGAUUGUCGUUUUCAUGAUCCAGGUCCGCCAAGGCGCUGAGUUCGCAGCCGGUAUGACAGCCACCGGUUUUUGGCUCGGCAUCACUGUCGGACGCGUGAUCCUAGGGUUUGUGACGCCGCGGAUCGGCGAGAAGCUGGCUAUUAGUAUCUAUCUCCCAAUUGUGAUCGGUCUGGAACUUCUCUUCUGGCUGGUUCCACAGUUCAUUGUUUCAGCUAUUGCUGUGUCAUUCCAGGGUUUCUUCCUGGGCCCUCUAUUUCCAGCCGCCAUUGUAGCCAUGUCAAAGCUGCUGCCACGCCAUCUACAUGUCGGAGCUAUCGGGUUCGCCGCCGCAUUCGGAGGGUCCGGUGCUGCGAUUUUACCUUUUGCUGUUGGUGCCAUUGCGCAAGCAAAGGGAGUCCAGGUCUUGCAGCCCAUUAUCUUGGCGCUGCUGGCUGUGAUUUUCGGAAUCUGGCUGGGGCUACCCAGAUUUGGGCGCAAGAGUGAGUAA